CUUUAAUAUCUAUAGUUGCAAUGCAGGGAAAUGAUUCUCGAUGGAACAGAUGUGUCGAAAGCUAUUGUAGAUUUUGUUGUGAGCAAAAAUAUCGACAAGUUAGUACUGGGAGCAGCAUCCAGGAAUGCUUUUACAAGAACAAUAAGGAAAUUGGAUGCGCCAACAUGUGUUACAAAAUCCGCACCAAACUUCUGUUCAGUACAUGUGAUAGCAAAAGGAAAACUGUCUUCUUUCAGGCCUGCCACUCAUGCAAAUGUAAAUGAUACCGGCAAAGAAGAUUUGAAACAUGAUCGUAGUGGGAACCGAUGGCCAGGUGUAAAAAGUGAACCAACACCCAUGUUACAUAAUGAAGGAUAGAAUCCUUCAAGGUGAGUGUGAAAUUUUUCCCUGUCGCAGAAAUGAUCGUAUUUAUUAGCUGUAUGCGAGCUCUCAUGUUAUUGCAAAUUUUCAACCACAUGUAAACACAGUGCACGAUUUCACUACUAUCGAUAAGUGUGUGUUUUCGCUGCUACAUCUAUAUGUAAC